GAGCCACAAGGAAUCAUAUUAUCUUCAAAUACACAUGGCAGAAGAGGGGGCUGCCCUCAAGGUCACCAGGGACCUGAAAGCUGCUGUCUCUGCCAUCCUCCAGGGCUACGGGGGCAGGCAUCGGGUGACAGACGCCAGCGCUGAGCUGCACAGACUCUGUGGCUGCCUGGAGCAGCUGCUGCAGUUUGACCAGAAGCAGCAGAAGAGCUUCCUGAGGCCGCGGAAGGAUUACUGGGACUUUGUCUGCACUGCCCUAUGGCAGCAGCGGGGGAACACGGAGCCGGCACGCUUUGUCCACUCACAGGACAAGUUGAAGACGCCCCUGGGGAAAGGCCGUGCCUUCAUCCGCUUCUGCCUUGCCCACGGACAGCUGGCCGAGUGGCUGCAGCUCUGCCUCCUGAGCCCACAGCUCACCAGGGAAUGGUAUGGCCCCCGCAGCCCUCUGGUGCACCCUGACCUCCAGGAGGACAUCCUGGACUCCCUCUAUGCUCUCAACGGGGUGGCCUUUGACUUGGACCUGCAGCGGCCAGACCUGGACGGGGCUUGGCCCAUGUUCUCAGAGUCCCGCUGCUCCAGCUCCAGCCGGACCCAGGGAAGAAGACCCAGAAAAGACAGAGAUUCCCCAAAGGAGACCUCAGCUGUGCGUGGGAGCCCCAAAGGAGUCCUGCCAGAGGAGCCACACACCAGCCAAGCCAGCGGUCUGCAAGAUGCACCAGCAGACCAGUUGGCUGGACUCCUCACAUCCCAGCAAAACGGGCAUCUUCCCCCCUUUUUGGAAGUGAAGAAAGACGAUCCGAGAAGCCUCGGGGUCCCCCACAGCACGUGGGAACCAGAGGGGGAGGAGCGGCAGCAAGACCAGGAAAUGGGAGCCCCAAGGGCGAGCCUCUGCCCGGGAAACUCAACACUCAGCAUCCAGGGUCCGGGGGAGGGGGCCAGGCGGGCUCUGAAGGAGGUGGUAGAGACAGAGUGUGAGGUCAGAGGGGUGCCGCUGAGUGCAGGGGGUCAGAGAACAACAGAGGGGACUCGUGAAAGGGAGGCAGAGUGGGGUCGUGUCCAGAGGCUGCUGGUCUCCGGCUCCAGAGGGACAAAUGAAGGCACAAUGUCAAGGAGCAGAGGGGAGGGCAAGGUGCCUGGCACCCUGGGGGAGCCCAGCGUCCUUCAGAGCCCGGGACCGAAGGGAGGCUCCGCCACUGAGGAGCCACAGGAGCAAACAGGAGUGACCAGUGCAACCAGGACAGAAGACGAGGGAGCAGACGUGGCCUUGCAGGAUGCAGUCGAGAGCCUCAGACAUAGGCUCCAGAAGACCAAGGAGCAAGCCCAGCACCAGGAGUGGCUGUGGAAGGAGCAGGACAGGCAGCUGAAGGCACUGCAGGAGCAGCUCACCAGGUGUCAGGAAGAGAGAGCCCGGCUGCAGGCGGAGCUGGAGCAGAAGCAACAGGAGGCUGAAAGGAGGAGCGCCGUGUACGAGGAGGAGCUCCGAGGGCAGCGGGACCUGGUCCAGGCCAUGAAGAGGCGGGUGUUGGAACUGAUUCAAGAGAAAGAUAACCUGUGGCAGAAGGUUCAGCACCUCUCUUCCGUGGCCCCUGGAUGCUGCAUCAGCUGUAGCAAGGUCUUUGGCCGGCUGUCUCGGCGGUACCCAUGCAGGCUGUGCGGAGGCCUGGUUUGCCAUGCCUGCUCUGUGGGUUACAAGAAGCAAGAGCACCGCUGCCCAUCCUGUGCCCAGAAAGGAGAAGCCCAGGGCGUCUGAUCAAGACCUACCCAGGACUGGCCAUCCCACCCCACCUCCCCUCCACCCUCCCGGGACCUGUGGUCUGACCGGCACUGCUUUCUAGAACUUGGUCACUGGAGGCGGACAGCACUUGAGUUGCCAGACUGGGGUGCAGAGGAUGAAAGGAGCCAGGUCAGCAGGCAGGAGACAGGCUCCAGCCCUGCAUCCGCCACUGAAGAGCUGGGCGACUUUGUCAAAGCUCUCCGCUCCCCGGACGUUUUCCUGUAACACGCGGAAACACCAGGCACCAAUUGCUCUGAGGUCCGUUUGGGCUCAGAAAGCCCUUGACUGCGCAUAAGAUCCGACAGCCUGCCUUUCUUCUCCACGUGCCUCCUCACCCAGGCCGCCACCCCUCACGGUACUGCCCGGUCUCCGGGUCCUCCAGACCUUCUGUCUGGGUCUGCUUCAGGGCCUGUUGUUGUUCUGUUUUGUUUUUA